AUGCAAAAGCUUCUUUUUGCCCUGCUCUUCUUGCUCAUCAAUUUGAGCCAACAAUUGGAGGGAAAUGCGACGGAGGUGGAGGAAUCUGGGAAGGAAGCAGUUUGUGAACCGGGAUGGGUUCCCUAUACAAGAACAUCGAAAAAUGGAGAAAAUGUGGUGAUGUGUCAUUUUAUGACUGAUAUUUGGGUGAGUUCGAGCGCAGCGAGUGUAAACCGCAAGCUUCCGCGCAGCGGCACUAUCUUCCGCUUUAGCGGCCACGCGGAGGCUUGCUGUUUCUUCGAGUGUAAACCGCAAGCUUCCGCUUUAGCGGCCACGCGGAAUGCUAUGACGUGGAUAUCAAUUUUACAGGGACAAUUCGAUACUGUUCGUAGAAGAUGUAGAGAAGAACACAAUGCAGUCAUCUCAACAUUCACCACCGAAGAAGAAUACGAUAUUCUCGUGAAUUUGACAAAUAAUCGACCAGACAACUACAAGGGCUAUCGAUUCUUCAUUGGUUAUUAUAAAACACGUGCUUGUGAGUGGAUUGCUGUUCGAACUUCCAACGAAAAUGGAUGCACUUUGGAGAAUUGUUUCUAUUCGUAUGAGCCGGGUAGUGAUGAAAUCACACCGGAAGUUCGUAAAUUGGUUGCGUCGAAGUUCAGACAUACUGAACCGGAUGGUUCGGGACAAGCGUUGGGUGUGUUUGAGGGAAAGAUUUUGGAUGAGCAAGUGAAUCAUGUGAAUGGAUAUGGGAUGUGUAUGAAGAAGGCGGAGAAGAAGAAGAAGAGUACUUGA